AAGGAAAAUAUCUCUUCCAAAAAAUUCAGAAGCUCAAAAAAAACUCCCUUAAAAACAAAUUUCCGAAAAUUUAUGGUCGGAAAUCAUAUGACUCCUACCUCGGUUACUGGCGACACUGGCGUUGCUGUAUCAUUCACAUCUUAUAAGUAUUACAUAUUAAUGACUCCAG